AUGGCCGACUCUAGUUCUGUGUCUCUUAGCAGCGAUCCAACUUUAGCACACCAGUUGAGCGGCCACCUAGGAAACCUUAAUCCGAUCCAAGAGCAGGCGUUGACAACAUUCAAGGACAACCUAACCAAGGCCAAUCUCUAUGUACCCGCCGUGGAGGGACCAGAAGCUGUGAAGGCGUCUCAUGAUGACGCAACGUUGCUGCGGUUUCUUCGGGCCAGAAGCUUCAACCCUUCAGCUGCACAAAAGCAAUUUGCUGACGCAGAGAACUGGAGAAAGAAACACAAUGUUACAGAGAUUUACAAAGAAAUAGGGGCGGAGGAUCUUGACCUCUCCAGACGUUUCUAUCCGCGUUGGACAGGACGACGAGACAAGUUGGGUCUACCACUAUACGUAUACCGACUGGCAUCAUUAGAACCGUUCCAACAAGAAUUAGAUGCACUACCAGCCAAGACGAGAUACGAAAGGAUCAUCAUCCUCUACGAAUUCAUGACCCGAUUUACAUUCCCACUCUGCACCCAUCUACCUCGCGCAACGGCGCCCAUUCCCGUCUCCUCCACAACCACCAUCAUCGACCUGGACAACGUUUCCUUUGGUUCGAUGUGGCGGCUUCGAACGCAUCUACAGGAAGCUUCCCGCCUUUCCACCUCGAAUUAUCCUGAAACAUUACAUCACAUUGCCAUCGUGAACUCGCCAUCGUUCUUUCCAACAAUAUGGAACUGGAUCAAGGGCUGGUUUGACGAAGGCACUAGGAAGAAGAUUCAUGUCCUAGGGAGAGAUCCUGGCUCCACUCUACGGGAGCUUGUACACUCCCAUGACCUUCCGGCAGUGUACGGAGGUGAAUUAGAGUGGAAGUACGAGGAUGAACCUCUCCUCGAUGAACAUGCGAAACAGGCUAUUGAAGAAUUCCCUAGAGGCCCCGUCAUCUUCGUGGAUGGAAAGGUAGCACCGCCCUCAUAA